ACGAUCUGCUGUUCACGCCCGAUUUGAGCGCUCACAACCCGGACACAUCCAUCGAGACAGCAGAUACUCCAUAAAAGCUCGCCGGAUACAUUUGGACCGAUCAAAAAGUUUAACUCAGUCGCUUCAAAUAGGACAACUGUUAGGCCAAUGAUUCAAGUGACCAUUCCAUCCAUGGAGAGGGACGUGGACGAGGUGGGAAAGUCCAAAAAGCUCUUUCGAGUUGAAGUGCUCUUCAAUGAGAGGAAACAUUUUGUGCUGAGGAGGAGCAGCGAAUUCCAGACUCUGCACAGAAAACUCAGGAAGAUCAUCCAGACUCCCGAUUUCCCCAGUAAAAGGAAUCCUCACCUGAGGACCAAACCUCUGGAGCAGAGAAGGCAGGAGUUGGAGGAUUACAUCCAGGAGAUCAUCUAUCAAUGUGAGGAUGUGCCACAGGAGCUGCUGGACUUCCUCCAUGUCAAACAUUAUCACACAGGCAACAAGAUCAGCAGCAUGGAAUCACUUGAUGACCUGGACAAUCAGGAUUACAGUUUUCAGUUGCCACAUCAGCGAGUGAUGGGAUUUUUCCAGGAUCCGUAUGUGUCCAAAUGCACAUCAGGUCUGCCUGACGUUGUCCUUGAGGGAGUCCUUCAAGGUUUCUAUCGGCGAGACGUCCGAGUCAGCUUCACAGCACCCAGCAAGUCUGGCGCAAAAGUCCUCAAAUGAGUAGAAUGAAAAGAAAAUCCAUGGGAAUGCAAUGAAAGUGAGUUUGGUGGUUUUACCUCAGAUGUGAACUUUUUAGAGUGUUCUUUUAAAACCAUCUGCCAGGGGCCAAAUGCAUUUUAUGAAUGAUGACUUGUUUGCUUCAGUGUGUAAUAAAUGGUGUAAAUAAAACUCUAAUAUGCUUUUAGGUUCUCAUAUUUGUAUUCACUGAUUUCUGUUUUUGAUGUAAAAGUGCUCACUUUUUCUUGAAUGUCUUUUGUCAGAUAAUUGUGUUAAUAAACAGGUUGUGUUUUGACCACUA